AUGUCUUCCAAAUCCACCGAUCAGUCUUCUCCAGAAUUCGCCUCUUAUUAUCUCCAACGAACGACACAAGAACUCUCGGAGGACCUUGACAAGGUUCGCAAUGCAGAGGAUUUUAAGGCCGAUUCCAUUCCAUUCCUUGUUCACGCCCUACAGCAGGGUGCUGGACUCUUCCCACCUGAGGAUCAAAAAAGGGUGGUAGCUGAGCCAAAGGCCAAGGAUGGCGAUGCAUGA